AUGCCCCGUCCCAAAGUACGCGCCGAAGAUCGUAGACGCGCCGUCAAGGCUUGUGUCCCUUGUCAAAACAGCAAGAAACGAUGUGACUCCCAAUCACCAUGCGCUAAUUGCCGAAGGAGAGACUGCAUCCCCUAUUGCAUCUAUGACCCCGAAGCUGCUCGUCCCCGUCGCCAGAGCAGCAAAGCACAGCGUCGAGCAGCAGACCGAACAAGAAACAUGGCCUCGCCAAACGCCAGCGAUGAAUACUAUAACCUAGACUACAUUGUUUGUGGUGACAUACCAUCAUCUGUCACUAGCGACAGCUCGAGCACUCAAGUUCAAGCACCACAGACGCCUGAAUCUACCCAGGAACCACAGUCUCAUCCGACACCCGACACCACAUUCUCAUCAUCCAUGUCAAAUGUUGGCAGCCAACACCAAACUCCAGAAAACGAAAAGUUCUCGAUGGGUGACUCCCCGUCUCUUUCUUUCCUCGACUUUCUGCGCCAUACAUUCCAACACUACAUGGGCCCGUCCCCGUUUACCGAUAAAGAGAGAGCCAAGGCUAUGCUCCAGUCGGUACAUGCUGAACCUUCUGACGACAUGAAUUCAGAAAGUGAGCUUACCCUCGAAGAGAAAAGAGACUAUAUUCAGAGAUUCUUGAUCGCGACAACCGGAAUAAUAUACAUCUACUCCCCGGAACAAAUGUUGGCGAUGCUCGAAGAGACAGAGGAAAGCAGGGGACAACGUUCCAACAAUCUGAGCGCGUCUCGUCAAAAGUGCGCCUUGAUAGACUUGGCUAUCGCCAUCGGAGGACAGGGCUGUAGAACCACCCCAAAGAGUCUGUACCAUGCGCAAAAGCAUUUCGAGCGCGGCCAGAAACUGGCCUUCGAGGAGAUGCUACUAGACCCUACAGGUGAUCUUGUAGCGAUAUUCCUGAUGAUGACUAUCUACAUGCUGUGUGGGUGUCAGCGGAGGGGAGCUUUCAUAUAUCUUGGCGUGGCGACUCGUCUCGCACAUGCCCUCGAAUUACAUCAAUCGAAGUCCUACAACAAUCUGGCCCCAAAAACGCAUAGAUUUAGGCUUCAGGUGUGGAAAAGCCUGCGGAUAAUAGAGAUAGCAUUCGGGGCAGUGCUGGGCCAACCACCGGCCUUAAGCACAGGACAAGCAUCAGAAACAACGCCAUUUACAGUUCCAGAUGGUCCAGAGCCAUGCACGCCUGAAUUUACAUCCAUGUCGUCGACCUACGGGGUUUGCGUCAUCCUCGAGCAGAUCACGAUCCACCUCGACAGCAAACACGAGAUAGACGUGGCAUUGAUCAGAGAUCUCCUAAGUCGACUUCGAGACUGGAGUUCAGCACUACCGUUCAGCAUGAGGACAUGCACCGUCAGCUCUCCAAUAUCUUUGGUGCAAAGACGUCAGGUUUUGGGCAACUUUGCCGUGUCGGCUUUUUAUUAUUACACGGUCAUGCUAGCAACUAGACCACUACUUAUUUCCUAUAUGCUCAUGAGACUACGACAUCUAGAUCCAUUAGAUACUGCCUCAGCUACUCUACAAUGCCAUACAACCGAUCGUGAGAUGAGAGAACUAGCGCAGCUUCUCAAGUAA